UCCACUGAGGGGCGGGGCCUCUAUCUGCGGUCUGUUGUUGUUCGACGCUGAAGCUAACGGCUAACAGCUGGCAGGACCGUGAGGAUGAGGUCGGACCGACACUCGCGCUGCUGACCUCUCUCUGUUCCGGUUCUGUUAGUUAGAACGGACCGACCCGGGUCAGCUGCUGCCUGCUCCGUGCUUUCUGCCCUCGCUAGUGCGGGGGAGGACGAGCUGGCUGGCCGCUUAGCUCUGUUAGCAUGUUCAGGCUAAUCGGCCAGUGUUAUUAGCCUCUUUAGCUCCGGCUGUUAGCCUGGUUUAUGAGUUUAACGGGGGGUUAGCCCGAGAGCUAACUGCUGUAAUGUUGUAGUCAGAUAAGUGUAUUUAAUCGCAGAAUGUAUUUGCGUAUUCGUUCGGCGGAGACAAAUUGUGAGGUUCCACUAACGGCUCGGUGCUCUGCUAGCAGCUAGCGCUAGCUGUUAGCCGCGGCUAACGGAGCUCAGAUGUCUUUGUUUCCGUCAGACGGUUUCUGAUGUGAGAGCAGGUUAGCUCCGCUGUUAGCUUAGUUAGCGGGCAGGUUCGGACACGGCGCUUUAUCCUCCGGUGUUUGUCGGUGCAGCAGAUGCUAAGCUAAACCUUAAAGCACAGAUCGGUUUGUUUCUCUGCGGGCUGACAUGCAGCGCUCCGGGCAGUGACCUUGGACUCCUCAUCCCCAUCAUCUCCAUCACAGCGAGCCGCCGGGUUAGCAUGGCCCUCCGACCGGGCUGCAGGCACACUGUCUACCUGCUCAUACUGACAGGAUGCAUUGCUGCCUCACAGAAGAAUGACAACGUCUACGUGUCGGGGAUUUCUAACGCCUGCGGCGACGUGGCGGAGCUCCUGCGAGCGUCCAGCGGCGUCAUCACCAGCCCUGGUUGGCCCUUCCAGUAUCCGGCUCGACUGAACUGCAGCUGGAACAUCAGAGCUCGACCCGGAGACUCCAUCACCAUCAGCUUCCAGGACUUCGACCUGCAGGGUUCCCAUCGCUGCACCUCAGACUGGAUGUCCAUCAGCAGCUACAGGAGUCUGGACGGGCUGAGAGUCUGCGGCUCGUCGCUGCCGCCGCCGUACAUCUCCUCCCAGGACCACGUCUGGAUCCACUUCCACUCCGACGACACUCUGACCGGGAAAGGCUUCCGACUGUCCUACAUCACCGGGAAGCCGGAGGCGUCAAGUUGCGACGUGGACCAGUUCCACUGCUCUAAUGGGAAGUGUAUCCCUGACUGGUGGCGCUGCAACUCCAUGGACGAGUGUGGAGACAACUCAGACGAGGAGCUGUGUGUCGACUCUCCGUUCUCCUUCCAGCCCUGCAGCCUGAACCAGUUCCCCUGUUUGUCCCGCUACACCCGAAUAUACACCUGCCUGCCGCACAGCCUGCGCUGCGACGGAAGCAUCGACUGCCAGGACCUCGGUGAUGAGAUCGACUGUGACGUUCCUACCUGUGGAGAAUGGCUGAGGAACUUCUACGGUUCUUUCAGUUCUCCAAACUACCCCGACUUCUACCCUCCAGGAAGCAACUGCACCUGGCUGAUCGACACCGGAGACCACCGCAAGGUGAUCCUCAGGUUCACGGACUUCAAGCUCGAUGGAACCGGUUAUGGCGACUACGUAAAGGUGUACGAUGGUCUGGAGGAGAACCCUCGCCGCCUCCUCCGGGUACUGACAGCCUUCGACUCCAGAGCGCCGGUUGCCGUGGUUUCAUCAUCCGGUCAGCUGCGAGUUCACUUCUAUGCCGACAAGAUCAACGCAGCCAGAGGCUUCAACGUCACCUACCAGGUGGACGGGUUCUGCCUGCCCUGGGAGGUUCCGUGUGGGGGGAACUGGGGCUGCUACACUGAGCAGCAGCGCUGUGACGGGUACUGGCACUGUCCGAACGGCCGGGACGAGCUGAACUGUUCUUCCUGUCAGGAGGACGAGUUCCCCUGUUCUAGAAACGGAGCCUGUUAUCCUCGAUCGGACCGCUGCAACUACCAGAACCGCUGCCCGAACGGUUCUGAUGAGAAGAACUGCUUCUUCUGUCAGCCAGGGAACUUCCACUGCAAGAAUAACCGCUGUGUGUUUGAGUCGUGGGUUUGUGACGCUCAGGAUGACUGCGGCGACGGCAGCGACGAGGAGAGCUGCCCCGUCAUCGUCCCCACCAGGGUCAUCACCGCCGCCGUCAUUGGCAGCCUCAUCUGCGGCCUCCUAUUGGUCAUUGCCCUCGGCUGCACCUGCAAACUUUACUCGCUGCGCAUGUUCGAACGCAGGUCGUUCGAGACGCAGCUGUCCAGAGUGGAGGCAGAGCUACUGAGGAGGGAAGCCCCGCCCUCGUAUGGUCAGCUGAUCGCGCAGGGACUGAUCCCACCUGUGGAGGAUUUCCCAGUGUGCUCUGGGAGCCAGGCGUCGGUUCUGGAGAACCUCCGUCUGGCUGUUCGCUCUCAGCUCGGCUUCACCUCCCUCCGGCUGCCCUCCUCUGGUCGUCAUAGCAACCUGUGGCGCCGCCUCUUCACCUUCUCGCGGUCUCGGCGGUCGGGUUCGUUGGCUCUGGUCUCGGCCGACCUGGAGGACAGCGCCGGCACCGGCAGCACUGGGAGUUCUGGCUCCGACCUGCUGUCUCCGGACUCGGACGACACGGACACAGAGGGCGAGCGGGGCAGGGAGCGCGGUGUGGGUGCAGUGGGCGGACCCGUCGCUCCGCUGCCACAGAAGACUCCGCCCCCCUCUGCUGUGGAGGCCGUCGUCUCGGUGACAGCAUCUGCUACGUCUGUGACUCCGACGCCUGGCCGAGACCGAAGCCGCGAAAGGCCUAGAGAGGCCCCGCCCCCCUCCAGCCCCGUCACUGUGGUAACGUCCAAUCCAGAUCCUGAAUGUCACAGUGACGUCCCGGAUCUCCAGGCACCUGCUGCCUCUGCCCUGCAGCGCCUUGCCCAGAACCUGCACCGCCUGGCCCGGAACCUGACCAGAACCAACCAGAACCAGCAGCCUUGGACCAAUCACAGCCCUCUGCGCCAGCUGGAGACAGGUAGGGGUGGGGCCGAGUCUGCGGAGCGACGAGGGAGCAGAGAAGAAGAAGAAGACGUGGAGCUCCUGAUCCCCGUGUCCGACUCUGACACGUCGUCAUCCUCCUCGCUGGUCAGCGAUGUCCGCCAGCCUCUGCUGGAGCCACACCCUUGCUCCACAGCAGGCCACGGCCCUCGUCAUCACCACGGAAACAGCAGUCGAGGUGGGCGGGACGGCCUGUGUGAACACUGCAGGAUGGUCCACACGGCUCAGAUCCCUGACGCCUGCCUGGAGGCCACGGGCAAGACGGAGAGCAGUGACGACGAGCUGCUGCUGCUGUGCUAACAAGCUAACCUCCCUGGCUAACAUGCUAACUGACAGGCUCAUACUUCAUACACUUCACCAACAGCAGGCUAACAUGCUAACUGACAGGCUAACACUCUAUACACUUGAACUUCUGAUGGUUAACAUGAUAAAGGACAGGAUAAUACUUCAAACACUUUAUCUACAGCUGGCUAAUAUGCUAACUGACAGGGUAAUAUUUCAAACACUUCAACUACAGCUGUCCAAUAUGCUAAUGGACAAUCUAAUACUUGAUACACUUUAACUUCUGAUGGUUAACAUGCUAAAGGACAGGCUAACACUUACUACACUUCACUUACAGCUGGCUAACAUGCUCACUACAGGUUAUUGCUUUAUACACUUCACCUACCGCUCACUAACACUUUGUAGACUUCACUUGGUUAACAUGCAAACACUCAGGCUACUACUUCAUACCCUUCACCUACACCUGAAUGUCAUGCUAACUGACAGGCUAACACUGCAUGUACUUCAUCUUCAGCUGGCUAACAUGCUAACUGACAGGCUAACACUUCUUAAACUUCACCUACAGCUGGCUAGCAUCUUAACUAACCGGUUAAUAAUACCCUGAACAUUACACCCACAGUUAGCUAACAUGCUGCUAUGCUAACAGGCUAAUCUGGUGGGCUAAUAUGACAACUUAUAAGCUAAAACUUCAGACAGCUAGCCAUCAUGCUAACACUUCACACUGGACUACAGCUAGCCACCUGUUAGCAUGGGUUAGCAUGUUAGCUGGAUUAAAGGUUAGCUCACAGUGAUGUCAGAGAAAAAUUGACCAAUCAGAGACUGAGGGGAGUGAUGUCACUGAUUGGAGUCUUAUCGGUACGAGCAUAAAAACUGUCCUGCUACUCCUUUGGUCCGUCCGUUAAAGUGCUCCCCUCCUGCUCGUCGGUACGACUGUAAACGGAGUCCUGACGGAACAGACUGAUGGUUCCCUGAGAACAUGAACUCUGAUCUGAUCAGGAACUUUCUCGGGGAACGUGUUGGACUCCUGUUCAGGUGCAACGGUUUAUACGGUCCCCCAUUUCCAACAAUAGUUAUGAAUUCUGGAAAAGGAAAAAAUGGACGGGGGUCAUGUGACCAGUGGAGGUAGCCAGUUAGCAGCUAGCAGGCUAGUUUUUGGUAGCCUAGCAUAGCAGUCAGGUCAGGUCAGGUUCUGACUUGGGUUCCUGAGGUUCUGCACAGUGUGGUCAUUAGAUUGUCCUGUUAUAGAAUUUAAUGUUACGCCUCACUGCAGGUAACUUCCAGACACCUGGAACAUCAGAGAUAAACCCGUCGAUGUGUUGAUCUCCUAUUUUCCUCUUUUGAUCGUGAGAAUAAAGCACAACAGAUUAUUUUAUAGUUUUUACUUUUGAACCAAACCGUGAGCUGAUUCCAGACAGCAGUGUUAGCGGACUGAUGCUAACGUUACCUGUUCUACCUCCCAGGUCAUGUGACCCUCACGGCAGCCAUUUUAGCAUUUAGCAUCCAGACUGGAUCUGAGCUGCAGAUCUUCAUUUGUUUCAUCAGAACAUCUCAGAUCCACAUCGUCAUUUUUCCUCAUCUCAGACAUUCAUAAAAAAUAUCUGCAGCUGAAUUCUGGCUGGUUUUAAUUCCAGUUUAUCUAUGGUUUAAUUCUGACUCGGUUCUGGUCCCAGAUGGCUUUAUUCCAGGUCAACAGAUUUACGUUGUUCUCUGUAGAUUCUUCAGUUUGAACUGGGCAGAACGAUGCUGUAACUGGAACCUGGAAUUACAACCAGUCACACAAUUGCUACAGAAUUCUGACUCGGUUAAACUCCUUUGAGGUUUCUGUAGUUUCAUCAUUGACAGAACAUCUGCAGAACCUCCAUCACUGUUGCUGACAGUUCUGAUGUUCUGCUGGACCAGCAGUCAAUGAGGAGCCUUCAUGAUGUUUGAGAUCUCUGUUGAUGAUGUUCUGACCAGUUUAAACUGGAUCCCAGUGAUCUGGAUAGUAAAUGUUAAAACGGCUGCUGUAGGUUCUGUUCGGUUCCUCCUGGUGUUUGAGUGCUGACAGCUUCCAAGAAAAAGUUCUGGAGAGUCAGCUCUCAGAUGGAGACGCUGUUGGUUCCUCUGUUUACUCCACUGAUAUGUUACUGAAAAGGUUCUACAUCUGAUGGUCCUAUUGGAACCGAGACGUUGCACGUGUCCGAACAUUUACAGAGUUUUUAUGUAUUUAAAGGGUUUCACUUUUUUAAAAGUGGAGGUUCUGAGGGAGAACGAUCAUGAGAUUAAAGAAUAAAGACAGAGGAACCAGGAGGGUUCCUGCUUGAACCAGAGGCUGGUUCUAAAUAAUAAAUGGUGUUAUUUUUUUUCCCCUGGUUCCUCAGACUGAAGCCAUCCUGCUCUUUGUUACAGUUUUGGUACUGGGCCUCCUGUGUGAGUGUGACUGUAUAUUUAUUAUUACUGACUCUGGUUCUUCUUGUGUUCUUGCUGUUGUAGCCGUUUUUUCUGCAUGAUUCUGAUGUUUGGUGAUUAGAUUUUCUUUGAGUCUGUAAACUGCACUAAAGAUUAAAGGUUCACCUUCGGUGUGUCGAAUCCUCA